AUGACUCGUUGUCAUUCCCCCUCGCCUUCUCCUUCAAUCGACUACCCAUACAUGUCUCCACCUGCAGAUUUGGCUCCAACGCUCGCUUCCUCGCCGUCAUUCGGCAUGUCCCCUGCUCCGGAACCAGAAGAGGCUAGGAAUACCACCGCCGCUAAUGUAGAGAGUGAAAACCCGGUGGAUUCUUCGUCAAAAGGGAUGAGCGGCGGGAAGAAAGCAGGGAUUUCGAUCGGAGUUAUCGCCGCUGUGUGUGUUGUUGGAUUCGGAGGAAUGCUGUACAAGAAACGGAAACAGAAUAUUUCAUCGAGCGCAAUUAGGUUAUAUCGCCAGAGAGGAUUUCAUCUAAGAGAUGUUGAUUGA